UGCUGCUCUGGUGGGUAGGUGGGUUCAGACCGACGGGACUACGGGUCGGCGUUAGGUUCAGCGGUUUCAGAACAAAGGGCUAUCCGGUAGGGACUCGGCGCGGCGCCUUCCGACGGGUAGUAAAGUGGUUCGUCGAGGCGUCUGGACCGGCCAGUGCCUCGCGUAUCGGGAUUCUCAGUCGGCUCUCCCUCGGUUCCUCACAGCUAGCGCCGCGGUGGGGGCCGCGCGGCACAGCGGCACCUGCUGCUGAGGGACCCCGCGGCCCGCCCAGGUGCUCAUGAUGGGGCUGAUCUUCGCUAAACUGUGGAGCCUCUUCUGUAACCAAGAACACAAAGUAAUUAUAGUGGGACUGGAUAAUGCAGGGAAAACCACCAUUCUUUAUCAGUUCUUAAUGAAUGAAGUGGUUCAUACAUCUCCAACUAUAGGAAGCAAUGUUGAAGAAAUAGUUGUGAAGAACACUCAUUUUCUCAUGUGGGACAUUGGUGGUCAAGAGUCACUGCGGUCAUCAUGGAACACGUACUACUCAAACACAGAGUUCAUCAUUCUCGUUGUUGAUAGCAUUGACAGGGAACGACUAGCUAUUACGAAAGAAGAAUUAUACAGAAUGUUGGCUCAUGAGGAUUUACGAAAGGCUGCAGUCCUUAUCUUUGCAAAUAAACAGGAUAUGAAAGGGUGCAUGACGGCAGCUGAAAUCUCUAAAUACCUCACCCUUAGUUCUAUUAAGGAUCAUCCAUGGCAUAUUCAGUCCUGCUGUGCUUUAACAGGAGAAGGGUUGUGUCAAGGUCUAGAGUGGAUGACCUCCCGGAUUGGUGUGAGAUAACUUUUUUCCUCAAAAGAGACUGUUCUAUUUAUUCUGUGAACAUGAACAUUUUUUUCUGGUACCGUUGGCUGCUAAGGCAGCAGCAUGUUUAAUUUAUAACAACACAAACCUCUAUGAGCAACACUUGAAUCAAGUGCAGCUGAACUGGAACGUAAAAGAUUUUUUCUUACCUUUUUUUUAAUGCACUAAUCUUCAGUUGGAUGAACAUAAUGUAUAACUAUGUUUUCAGCAACGAAAUUCUUCUGAUUCCUUAUUCUAAUUAUUCAGUGACUACCUUGUGAGAAAUGUUUGUCAUAUGUUUAAUGUUUUCUGAAAUAUUGUAAUGACCCUGAUGACCAAUUCCAUUCAUUUAUUGACCUUCCCGCCCCCAGAUAAUUACCGUUUUAACAAAGCAGUAGUGAAAACCAUCAGAUAUUGCUUGCAGACUUCUCUAUUCUUAAUAUUUGCCCCCUCUAUAAACCACUUACCUUUUGGACAGAAUUUACAGAGGAAAAAAAAUCUGCUUAGAGAAUAUACACAAGGAAAAUUAAAAAUCAUGAGACUUUACCUUUAAAUGAGUAACUUUCCCCACAUCACUGCAAGUCAUUGAAUAAUUUUAAGUCACUAUUAGCUUGGAAAUUAAAUGGUUAUAACCUAAAAGAAUUAAGGUCGCUCUUCUGCCUGUGAAUUGGGGAAUGGGAAAAUAGGCCUUCUUAUUCACAUUUGAUCAAAAAUUCAUCAAGGUAAAAGGUUUAUUUGACAGCCCAGCUUUGGUGGUAGGUUCUGUUGGUUCAAUCGUAUAUUUUUGGAACGUCACGUUAUUGAAGGCUCACAUAACCGCAGGAAGUCACGAUCGCACACCAGCACUGAAAGUAAAGCAAGACACGGGAGAUGUAUUUUAUUAUCAAUUACAGACAAUUUUAUUAUCAGGAAAGGUUCAGUUGUUCCGUUUGCAAGGGUUAUCACAUCUACUGUAGGUACUGAUUUGGCUGAUAGCUAAAUCAGAAGUGUAAGUAGUUCAUAUUGUUUCUUGAAAUUCAAAAAUUGUGUGUGUCCGUAAUAGCAUUUCUCCCACCAGCAGUACAUUUCUUAAAGCACCAUGUGGCUUUCCUUAAGUCCAUGUGAAGUUUUAGUAUAAUAGGCUUGAAGCAGUUGCCAUGUUUGUAGUUACAUUUCGUGUUUAAAAUCUUUUCACUGGAUUGUAGACAACUUCCAGAUUUAAUCCAGGUUCUUAGAAUAUUACUAUGAGAAUCAAACUUAGCACACUAACAGCUUAUAAAUUAAAUUUAAAAAGAAAAGGCCAUGAUCUAUAAAAAGUGUAUUGGAUAGCAUCAAAAAGUUUUUGAGGCAGUUGUCUAAUAUGAACGGAACCUAAACAUUGCAUACCUUAAAUGAAGAGGGAGGACAAGUAUUCUAAUUUUGAUUCUGUUUAUUUCAAGUAUGUGAUUUUGUUAUAAUGAAAGGGAUAAAAUGCAUACUUAAAGAACAAUACAUUUUUGCGGGUUUUUUUUUUUUUAAUUUGGGUCAAAUAUAAGAUUCAGUGUUCAUAAGAAUAUCAGAAUACCUGUUCAAAAGCUGUAUUUUAAUUUUUUUUAUUUGUAAAUUGGCUUAAAUUUUAUCUUGUUUUCAGGUGUAUUGGGUUUAUUAUAUUUAGUUAAAAUUAAUGUGGUAACAUUUUUCUGAUUUCCCUUCAGUGGUAGCACAUCUCAAAACUGAAGAGUCAGAGUAAAGUUUCCUGGGUUUUGGGAACUAGUUGUUGACUUUGUUUUGAACCUUUUUCUUAGUGAUCCUAUAGCAGAUAGAACAUAAGGGUUUUUUUGUUUUCUUAAUCAACAAGACAAGAAAAAAGCAGACUUAAAUCAAUAUGGCUACUUUGUGGUUUGUGGGGGAGGCAGGGAAGGAAAAUUAUGAAAAUACCAUUUACCUAAAGCACACUUUGCCUGCAUUUCUGUCUUGGAUAUAUGUAGGUUAGCCAGAAGUACUAAGGAUAAUUCUCAAAGUCUGUUUUGAAAAAAGCAUAUUCAGUACUCCUGUAUGCAUUCUUAUGAAAUGAUUAUCUGCCCUUUUGUAUCUAGAUAUGAUUGGCUGGCUCAGUUUUCUUCUAUCAGAAUAUCUGCUUAUUUUUUAUAUUACCACAUCAGCAUUAUAUUGAAAGUGUUUUUAAUAGUUGAUUGUAUUUUGUCAAACAACUACUAGUAUAGACUCAAAUUUGCUAUUUAAUUUUUAAAAUACAAUUUAUUUUCUAAAGCUUUUUUAAAACAUGUUUAUUUUGAAUUAGAAAUGACUUAUGCUAGCUGUGUGUUGAAGAUGAACUUGGCAUCCAACGAGAUUUUGUACUGACAGUUGGGAAAAGUUCAAUUAAGAACUUUAAGACUUUUCAAAAAUAUUUUAUAAGUUCUCAUUAGAUAUUUUUGUUAUAGUAAUAUGAAAGCCAUCAUCCUUUACUCCAAGAGAAUGUUUUAGCCCAAUCAAGUAUCUAAUACUUUAUGAAGCAUUAAUUGUCAUUCACUUUAACUCAAUUAAAUAUAAGAUACUGUCUGAUAAAAAUGUACAUUUGUAAUUGAUUAGUGCCUUUAUUCCUAUUUUCAGAUAAAUUCCCAAUUGUGUACUAUACCUGUUCUUUGGAGGUCAGAUUAGCAAGCAGAUUUAUUUAAUAAUGAAAUAUUCAUUUGCAUUUCACCCUCCCCUUCAACUCCAGGUAUUUUCUAGAAAAAUUUCUAAUAAGUAGUAGAAAGCAAGUAAGCACAUUACCCUUGGGAGAUUAUCCUACAUUCUGCUUUUAAUUUGAGGAUGAGGAAAUUGAACAUUAAUUGAUGUCUUUUCAAUAUAUUGUUAUAACUAAAUAUAAAACUACUACCUUUGUAAAUUCAAAUAUGGCAUUUAUCUUAAUUUUGAACCUGUUACUUUCUUCAUUUUUAAACCAAUCAUUCUUACUGAAGCCUUUCGAAAACUCUUUUAGUGAUUAACAGGCCCUUUUACGUGGGAAUAUAUUGCAUAUUUUGAAUUGUUGAUAUAAUUCCUUGAAAUCUGAAGUGUACAUAAUCUAUUAAAAAACUAAAGAUGAAAUAUACAAUUUUUACUUUUAGGCUCUUGUGUUAGUAUCUUAAAGGUAUAUAUAAUCACCUAUAUUCUGUAUUCAUUAAAGGAAAGACAAUAAAUUCAAAUUCCAUUGCUACAAAUAAUUUUUAAAUGCAUACCACCUCUGUAGCUAUAGUCAUUUUGAUUAAGCAUAAUUUAACCUUCUGUAUCUAUAUUAUAAAGUGAAAAUAAUUAUUUUUCUAUGGAAAUAGUGAAUGAUAUAGACAGUGUUGUAAAUAGUAUGCUACCAAGAAUUAUGGGACAUCCUAAAGCAAAAAGAAGAAAGAAAACAGUAAAAGCUUUUUUGUUGUUGUUUUUGGCUUUUUUGGUAUAUUUUAGGGAAAGUUAUAUACAGACUUGUUUCUGACUAGUAUUCUCAUUUAAUCCUUAUCUAUGUGAAACCAUAUCAGUAGAAAAAUGUGCUGGUAUUAUGCCUAAAUAGAUAAAUCGCAUUUUAUCUAUUUGGAUUCAGAAAACUUCACAUAUAGUUCAGUUUUAAAGGAUAUUUUAUGUUUUUUACGAGUAAUUUAUUUCAAGAUAGCAUGGUAUAUUAAAAAGAAUGUCAUGCUUUUGAAAGAAGUAGAUUUAAAUCUUAAUUUGGCCAUUAAUUGUCUUACUGACUUCAGGUCAUUUAUUUACUGUCCAUGUAUUUCCUUUUUUCUCUCUCUCUGCUGAGGAACCUAAGCAAACUAGAGCUCUAAUAUUUUUUGGUCUUAAAAUCCUGAAUCCUUGUAUACUAUUACUAAAAUUGGAAAACCCAGAAUAUAGUAGGAAAAGACAUGUAAUAUGAAAUUAAAUUCAUUUGUAUUAUUUGAUUGCUACAGAGGUUUCAAACACAGCAAAAAUUGUGAGGAUGGCACAGGACCAGGCAGUGUUUCAUUCUGUUGUACAUAGGUUGCUGUGAGUUGGAACUGACUGCACAGCACCUAACAACAACACCCAUUUAUCCCUUCAUUUCAUAUGUGAAUACAAUCAAUUACAGUAUAAGUAAGUGGUAUGACUUGAACUGAUAGCUAGUGACAAUGCAAAAAAACAAGCCAUACAUAUGCUAAGAAAAUUAUGUUAAGCUUCUUAUUAUAUACCAGUGUGUGUUGGUGGAAAUACUCUGUUCUAGGGGUUUUACCUUGCUCAUUUUUCUGGCAUUUACUACUUGGAUGGAAGUGGUUAGUUUGUUCAAUUUAUUCGCUUUAAGUACCACCUCAACCUAUAAUUUUGUUUGACUUUCUAGUAUUGAAAGUAUAGUGUAGUCAUGAUGUCAGUAUGUGUUACAAGUGUCUGUAUAUAUCUGAAAGUGGUUUAUAGUCAAUAUUAAUUUUUUCAGUAAUGUCUAAUCCUUAUCCGUUUAGUAUUAAUAUGGAGUCUAAAAUCCAAAAGCUAGGUUCCAAAAAGUGUUUUCUUAAGUGUUCCAGGUGACCAAAGCUAAAUAGAAAGGCCAAUAUGAAAAAUAUUUCUACUACUCUGUUUUAAUCUUAAAGUCCAAAAAUAUUUUGUUCAGAAGAUAUACAAACAGCUUUAAAUGUAUAUGGUUUGGUGAUGUGGUGAUGUGUUUGGGAGAUGUUAACUGGGAGGUUUAGAGGCACACCCAGAAACAAAAGACAAAAAUGGGAUGGAAUGAUCUUCAGAAGGUUAUUAGAUAAUAGAAAAUCUGAAUGAAAACUAUGAGUUUCCCCAUUUAAGGCAUUUAAAAUUACUAGCAAGUACAGUCUUUUGCUGUACAGAUGGAUGGCCUCUAUUUUUCAUUUGGCCACAGGACAUGAGGACUGAUAACGUUGUUAGGAUAUGAAGUGUAGUUAGGUAGAUGGAGCUUUGUAUUUUUGGUUUUUUUUCGGAAAGUAACAGUUUCCCCUGGAGAUGAGGAAAUAACUAUUUUUUUUUUUUUGCAUACAUUUGGAAUAGAAAACAAAGUUCUAAAAGAGUGAAAAUGUUCUUUUGCACAAAGAUUUUAAUGAAAAAUUACCUCAUUUUUCAGUCCAUAAGGUGCUUUGUUCAGUUUGUGGGAGAUUGUACCAUCCCAUAAAUACCCCCUUCACCCAAACUGUAUUUGAAAUAUGCAAAAUUUGCCAGUAAGAUAGCUUUCCUUGGGAAUGAUGUUUUGUUUUUAAUUCUUUACCACCAGCAGGGCUCACAUGGUGGAUCAGAGUCACACAUAGUCUGCACUAAAGCUCACGGACAAGUGCUCAGUUUAAUUAAAUCAAGUAAAGGAAUGGAAAAAUUCUAAAACUUGAUUAUGUUAUACUGUGACUGUGUUUCCAUCAGUGUUGGUGAGCUAUCAGAUGACUAUCAGUUGGUCUUGAUUUCAUCUAGUUUAUUUGCAUGGUUUAGCCCUAUUCUGAAGAAAGACUAUAAUCAUUUUAAUCUUACAUUUUCCCUCAGGAAAUUCAGUGACUCAGCAGCCCCUGUCUUGUUCUCUUGGAGUAAACUGUUCAAUGUAGUUGUGGAAACUUUUAAUUACUAUUUUAAAAAUAAAAGUUGAGCUUUCCUAUUAUUUCCUUAAAAGUGUGAAAUAUAAUGAUGGUUAUCAUUUUUUUCAGUUUUGGAAGAGCUGUAUUUUUACCCUGUUCAUCUGUUCCACGGAGCAGUUUAAAGAAACAAAAACUAAAAGCAGUUACAAGCCUUGCUCUGGCAUUUAUUCUAAUUGGGAUAUAAUGGUUACAAUCACACAUUGCCAUCUGAAUAUAAAUUGGUGCUUUAGAUCAUUAAAGAGGAAGCAGUAGGCCCUGUACUCUAUAGACUUCUUGCCGUGGAAUGUAAACUAAAGUGUCUAUAUUCGUUUUGAUGUUCAUAUCUUAAUAUUUAAAUACAAAAUGUUAUUCAUCAAGCUUCAGGCUUUCUGCAAAAGCUCUAACAAUGUGUUAGCUAAUCAGCUGGGUUGAAUAGAAGAUGGUGCUAAUAAGCCCAAAGUUAUGGAUUGGACCUCUGUGUCCGCCCUCUAGUGUAGUACAGA